UUUAUAUGGUAAAAUAUAAACAGCUAAGGAUUGAUAAUGCCACCAACGGGAAAAGAGGCAGCUUUGUUAGGAGUUGGAGGAGUAGUAGGAGUUUCAUUAGCUGCCUGGAAAACACUGUUCCCAUGGAUUAGCUAUGAUUUACCAAUAUUGAAACUAGGAAGAACGUAUGGAAAGAAAGCAAUGGCAGAUACACUUAAUGGACACUUUCUUAUUAAUCUUUUUGAAAUCUCUGCAAAAGCUAAUCCUAAAAAACCAUUUCUAAUAUUUCAAGAUAGAAUUUUUACCUACGAGUUUAUGAAUGAACAAGCAUGUAGAGUUGCCAAUAUAGCCUUACAGAUGGGAUUAAAGCUUGGAGAUACUGUUGCUAUUCUUGUAUCAAAUGAACCAGCAUUUGUUUGGACAUUUCUAGGUAUGCAAAAAAUUGGAGUUGCAGUUGCUUUGCUGAACACAAAUAACAAACAUAAGCCACUACUACAUUCCAUAGAAAUCAGUGAAGCUAAAGUAGUGAUUGUUGGUCAAGGAAGUGAGCUGUUUCAUAAUGUUGACGAUAUAAAACAGGAACUGCCCAUCCCUGUCUAUCUGAUGGGAACAGGAAUAGGAGAAGCACCAACAGGGUACCAGUCAUGGGAUCAGUUGAUGUUAUCUGCUCCCCAUGCAGAAAUUAGCCGUACCACGAGAACAGGGAUGAAUCCAUUGACUCCCUGCUGUUACAUCUACACCUCAGGAACAACAGGUCUACCCAAGCCAGCUAUUAUAAACCAAACCAAAGCUUUAGGAAUGAGCAAGUUUUUAUACCUUGGUGGACUGGAACAUGACGAUAUAGUGUAUACUGUAACCCCUCUCUACCACAGUGUUGCUAUUAUGGCCUUGUUUUCAACUAUAGAUUGUGGUAAUACAAUUUUACUACGAACAAAGUUUUCUGCUCAUCAUUAUUUUGAGGACUGCAGAAGACACAAUGUCACAGUCAUUCAAUAUAUUGGAGAACUCUGUCGAUAUCUACUAGCUGUACCUGAGCAUCCAAAAGAUAAAGAACAUAAGAUAAAGGUAGCUGUAGGUAAUGGACUUAGGAAAGACAUUUGGGAGAAGUUUCGGGAUAGAUUUAAUAUACCAAAAAUUGUAGAAUUUUUUGGUGCCUCAGAAGGAACAUCUGCCACAUUUAAUGUUAACGGCAGGGUUGGUGCUUGUGGAAGACUUUCUCCACUUCUUCAAAAACUACAUCCCACAGGAAUGGCUAUUAUCAAAUAUGAUCCCUUGAAAGAUGCUCCAUAUAGAGAUAAGAAUAACAGAUGUCUUCCUGUGGAAUUUGGUGAACCAGGAUUGUUUAUAGCAGGAAUACCAGAAUUUUAUAAAGGUGGAUUUUACAAAGGUCCUAAAGAAGUGAAUGAGAAGAAAGUCCUAAGAAAUGUGUUCAAAGAUGGUGACUCUUUCUUUAACUUUGGUGAUUUGAUGUACAUGGACAAAGAUUACUUUAUUUACUUUCAAGACAGAGUUGGGGACACAUUCAGAUGGAAAGGAGAGAAUGUGUCAACCAAUGAAGUAGCCAAUAUUUUAACUUCCAUGGACUUCAUUCAUGAUGCUAAUGUUUAUGGUGUAAAUGUUCCAGGUCAAGAUGGAAGAGCAGGAAUGGCAGCAUUGCAUUUAAAUGAAAGUGAGAAGUUGACUGAAGAAAGACUGAAGCAUAUUUAUGAUCAUUGUUUAAAAAAUCUACCAAGUUAUGCCAGACCAUUAUUCCUACGAUUGGAGGAACAAACAAGAGUUACAGCGACCUUUAAACAACACAAGGUUGACCUUGUCAAAGAAGGAUUUGACCCCAGGGUCAUAUCUGAUCCUCUGUAUUAUUUAUCAAAUGAAGCUAAGAGUUAUGUCCCUUUAGAUGCGAGCUCUUUUGGAAGUGUACUCAAAUCAAGACUUUGAUUUAUAAUUACUGAAUUUGUACAAAGGUUGUUAUUAGUUUGCUAUUAAACAGGAAAUAUACUAUUUUGAAUAUAAGGCUGUACAAUGAAUUAUCCCUUAUUAAGGGGAAAUAGAGG